CCUCAGGUAACAACUGGUCAACAAGAAGCCAAAUGAACCUGAAUUUCCAAGCCCUUCUUUACCUUCUCGAAAGUUGAUGCUGCUAUUGAGUAUUGAGCAUAUGUAUAUACAUACGCUUCAUGGCUAAGGAUCUCUCAGGAUCUCUCCUUGAUUAACAGUCUAUCACCUUGGGAGAGCUAACAUCUAUUUUACAUUCAAAUCAACCAUGAAAGGCACAACUGAAGAAGGAGAAUUACCCCACAAAUCAUCUUCCAAAGCCAAAGAAUCCGAGUCUCAUAUACCCUCUUCUUUAUCCAUUAUCACAGAUGAACCACAGCCUAAUCAACCUUAUUCAGCAGCAACAGCAGCUUCAUAUCCACCAUCGGAUGAGGAAACCAAGAAAUGGGGAACCCACAUCAUGGGAGCACCGGCAGCCCCUACUGUACACCCUGACAACCAGAAGGCUGCCUUGUGGACUGCUGCUGACCACCAACAAAUCUACCACCAACCCUAUGUCGUCUACUCCCCUGUUGACAAGCCAAGCAACAAUCCUUUUGAGCCUGUGAUUCACAUGUUCAAUAACUGGAGCAGGAAAGCUGAGACCAUAGCCCGCGACAUCUGGCACAACCUUAAAACCGGGCCAUCUGUAUCAGAAGUCGCAUGGGGGAAAGUGAACCUGACAGCCAAAGCAUUAACAGAGGGAGGAUUCGAGUCCCUCUUUACGCAGGCUUUCUCAACCUAUCCAAACGAGAAGCUAAAGAAGACGUUUGCUUGUUACCUUUCCACAGCUACCGGCCCUGUUGCUGGAACCCUCUAUCUGUCCACAGCUCGUGUGGCUUUCUGCAGUGAUCGUCCCCUGUCUUUCAUUGCUCCAUCGGGACAAGAAGCUUGGAGCUACUACAAGGUUAUGAUACCUUUGGAAAAUAUUAGCAAUGUCAACCCUGUGAUAAUGAGAGAAAACCCAUCAGAGAAGUAUAUUCAGAUUGUCACCACCGAUGGUCAUGACUUCUGGUUCAUGGGUUUCAUUAAUUUCGAGAAAGCCACACAUCACCUCUUAAAUAGCGUAUCGGAUUUCAAAGCGCACAAUAGUUCUUAGACAGCAGAUGUGUGGCACCAACGACUGGAUCCUUCAUCUUCUUCAAAAUCUUUCUGUUCUCUGUUUCUUGUUGAUUUCUGUGUGUACAUGGACAGCAACAGUACUGUCUUUCUUUUUUUCUUUUUUUUCUUUUUUGGAAGUAACAGUACUGUCUUUUCUUUUUCUUUUUUUUGUUUUUUCUGAUUGAACCAGAGAAAAGGGUUACAAGGGAGGUCCACAGUACUGUCUUUCUUAAUUUGUUUUCAAUCAUGUUUUUUUUUGUUUGUUAUAAUUCUCUGUAUAUUUGUGUGUUCUAAACCAUUCAUGUUUUCAUGCUUAAUGUUUAA